UGUAGAUCGACAGCCUUUAUUGCCCACGUUUUUAACGCUUGCCCUGUACGUGGAUUGAUUUUUUUUUCCUUCAGCAUUCCCUCACCAGAUGGAUUUUUGCUACUGCAGAUCAGCAGAGGGUGUCAGAUCUUUCUGAGUGCACCAGGCUGGAACGCAGAGCUUCUUAGCAACUCUCUUCUCUGCCCCCUCCCCAUUCUCGCGCUCUCUGCCUCGCUCAGACAACUCGCCCCCUUGCCUCCUCCCCCCUCCGCGUAAAUCUGAAAGAGCAGAAGAAAGAGAAGGAGAACCAGAAAAGAAGAGCUAGUGAGCGAGAGUGAGAGCAUAGAAAAAAAAAAGACUCAAGAGGACCGAAGGGGAGGAAGGAGAAGGAUGGACAGCCACAACAUGCAGCGAUUGCGGAAAUUUUCGAGCGCCAUUGGCUGGGCAGCGUGAGUCCUCCGGUCGGGCGUGAUUUCAGCACCGGGGGGACUGGACAGCACCUCGGGGGGACUUCUGGACAGCCCGCAUCCGCAGCCAGAACUCCACCAGCAGCCUCCACAUCAGAAGCCGCCGAAAACCCUGCUUUGUAUCAGAGAGGCAAGGUCAGUCCGAAGCACAGCCAUGCACAGGCAGUGCGCCUGUACUACGCUGCAAACCCUCUGCUUGUUUCUCUAACAUGCACUUGCUUCUGAUUACUAGCAUUGUUUCUUUCCUGGUUAGCGAGGACUACCAGACAAGAGUCUGAAAGGGUGUAUUUUUAAUUUGUAUGUACGUAUUUAACUUAGUUUGGUUAUUUCAAGGGGAUUGAGGGGGAGUGGGGGUUAUUACUUUUUUUUUCUUUUUCCCUUUUUUUCUCCUUUCUUUUUGCUUGCCUUGCACUACGUGCCUGGAUAGUUUGUGAAUAUAAUUAUUGACUGGCGUCUGGGCUAUUGCAGUGCGGGGGGGUUAGGGAGGAAGAAAUCCACCCCCACCCCCCCAAACCCUUUGCUUCUCCUUCCCUGGGUUCGGACAUUGGAGCACUAAAUGAACUUGAAUUGUGUCUGUGGCGAGCAGGAUGGUUGCUGUUACUUUGUGAUGAGAUCGGGGAUGAAUUGCUCGCUUUAAAAAUGCUGCUUUGGAUUCUGUUGCUGGAGACGUCUCUUUGUUUUGCCGCUGGAAACGUUACAGGGGACGUUUGCAAAGAGAAGAUCUGUUCCUGCAAUGAGAUAGAAGGGGACCUACACGUAGACUGUGAGAAAAAGGGCUUUACAAGUCUGCAGCGUUUCACCGCGCCGACUUCUCAGUUUUACCAUUUAUUUCUGCAUGGCAAUUCCCUCACUCGACUUUUCCCCAAUGAGUUCGCUAACUUUUAUAAUGCGGUGAGUUUGCACAUGGAAAACAAUGGCUUGCACGAAAUCGUGCCAGGGGCUUUCCUGGGUCUGCAGCUGGUGAAAAGGCUGCACAUCAACAACAACAAGAUCAAGUCUUUUCGAAAGCAGACUUUUCUGGGGCUGGACGAUCUGGAAUACCUCCAGGCUGAUUUUAAUUUAUUACGGGAUAUAGACCCGGGGGCCUUCCAGGACUUGAACAAGCUGGAGGUACUCAUUUUAAACGACAAUCUCAUCAGCACCCUACCUGCCAACGUGUUCCAGUAUGUGCCCAUCACCCACCUCGACCUCCGCGGAAACAGGCUGAAAACGCUGCCCUACGAGGAGGUCUUGGAGCAAAUCCCGGGCAUUGCCGAGAUCCUACUCGAGGAUAACCCUUGGGACUGCACCUGCGAUCUGCUCUCUCUGAAGGAAUGGCUGGAGAACAUUCCCAAAAAUGCCCUGAUCGGCCGAGUGGUCUGCGAAGCCCCCACCAGACUGCAGGGGAAAGACCUCAAUGAAACCACCGAACAGGACUUGUGUCCUUUGAAAAACCGAGUGGAUUCUAGUCUCCCGGCGCCCCCUGCCCAAGAGGAGACCUUCGCCCCUGGCCCCUUGCCAACUCCCUUCAAGACAAAUGGGCAAGAGGAUCAUGCCACCCCAGGGUCUGCUCCGAACGGAGGCACAAAGAUCCCAGGCAACUGGCAGAUUAAAAUUCGACCUACGGUAGUGACAGCGGCGGGGGGCGCCAAAAGCAAAGCCCCAGCCAACCGCCUGCCCUGCCCCGGGGGCUGCAGCUGCGACCACAUCCCAGGGUCGGGUUUGAAGAUGAACUGCAACAAUCGGAACGUGAGCAGCUUGGCUGAUUUGAAGCCCAAGCUCUCCAACGUGCAGGAGCUUUUUCUGCGAGACAAUAAGAUCCACAGCAUCCGAAAAUCUCACUUUGUGGAUUACAAGAACCUCAUCUUGUUGGACCUGGGCAACAAUAACAUCGCCACUGUAGAGAACAACACUUUCAAGAAUCUCUUGGACCUCAGGUGGCUGUACAUGGACAGCAACUACCUGGACACGCUGUCCCGGGAGAAAUUCGCUGGACUGCAGAACCUGGAGUACCUGAACGUGGAGUACAACGCGAUCCAGCUCAUUCUCCCUGGCACUUUCAACGCCAUGCCCAAACUGAGGAUUCUCAUUCUCAACAACAACUUGCUGAGGUCCCUACCCGUGGACGUGUUCGCUGGGGUCUCGCUGUCUAAGCUCAGCCUGCACAACAAUUACUUCAUGUACCUUCCGGUGGCAGGGGUGCUGGACCAGUUAACCUCCAUCAUCCAGAUAGACCUCCACGGAAACCCCUGGGAGUGCUCCUGCACCAUUGUGCCUUUCAAGCAAUGGGCAGAACGCCUGGGCUCCGAAGUGCUGAUGAGCGACCUCAAGUGUGAGACGCCGGUGAACUUCUUCAGGAAGGAUUUCAUGCUCCUCUCCAACGAUGAGAUCUGCCCGCAGCUGUACGCGAGGAUCUCGCCCACGCUAACUUCGCACAGUAAAAACAGCACCGGGUUGGCGGAGACCGGGACGCACUCCAACUCCUACCUAGACACCAGCAGGGUGUCCAUCUCCGUGUUGGUCCCGGGACUCCUGCUGGUUUUCGUCACCUCCGCCUUCACCGUGGUAGGCAUGCUCGUGUUUAUCCUGAGGAACCGAAAGCGGUCCAAGCGAAGGGAUGCCAACUCCUCGGCGUCCGAAAUCAACUCCCUACAGACAGUCUGUGACUCUUCCUACUGGCACAAUGGGCCUUACAACGCCGAUGGGGCCCACAGAGUGUACGACUGUGGCUCGCACUCGCUCUCAGACUGAGUCCCGGCCGGAAAAAGGGGAGGGCAGUGGGACACCGAAACAGGCACAGCCUCCUCCCCACCCCCCGCCGCACGCCUCCCAGAGGUCGGAGGGGCGUUGACCCAAUUCCAGAGCGCCCCAAGCCCCACGGACAAAAGUCAAUAAAUAACCAGGAACUCGCCCAACCGAGAGGGUCUGACCCCUCCCCCAGCUCCCUUCUGCAAACAAAGAGCAGACUGUUGCGAGCUGGGAGAACACAGCUCCCUCGCUCUUUGCUCGGAGCCCACGUUGACAGAAAGCCCAGCGUGGGCCCUGCUGGAGGACUUGACGGUGGCCUCCCCCUGGGCUCAGAGGCCGUGGGAGGGGGGUGGCUACCGCAGUUCUACACACACACACACACACACACACACACAUAUAUAUAUAUAUAUCCACAUCUAUAUAGAGAAAUAGAGAUCUAUUUUUCCCCUGUGGAUUAGCCCCGUGAUGGUUCCCUGUUGGCUACGCAGGGAUGGGCAGUUGCACGAAGGCAUGAAUGUAUUGUAAAUAAAUAACAUUGACUUCUGACCAAGAAACAACAAAAAAAAGUGCUGCAUGGCUCGCAUGGAACCCACGCACUCCAGGGACUCUUCACGCCCCUGCGACUGGAGAUGGCGUCUCAUUCACAGCCCCUACCUUACCUGAUAAGUCCCAUCGUAUCAAACUUUCUAUAAACAAGAUGCAGUAUAAUCAGAAAGUGCCAUUUCGCCAUUAUUUGUGAUCGGUAGGAAGUUCAGAUCGUAUGUUUACUGUGAAAAAAAAAAUGUAAAGGUUUUAUUUAAGACAUUUGCAUGGCUAGUCAACAGUCCAUUUUAUGAGUUCACAAUGUAUUUUGUUGAAGGAAAUUUUUAGGGGUUGUUUUGGGUUCUUUUACUUUGAUGGUGAUGUUUUAUUUUAUUUUAUUUUAUUUUUUGAGGGGGAAUAUUUUUCUAUACAUAUCCAAUAAUGCCUUCCAUCUGAAUGUAAAAUAAGUACCCAUGAUUUAUAUUAUAGUAUCAGUGUAAUUAUUUAAAAACAGAUUUUGAGGCAGUUAAGCAUGACCAAUUAAUGUCACUCUAGUGCUUAGGCUGCGAUUCUAUGGUAGCAAUUCUGUGCUGGUAUAAAUCUUACUUAUAAAGUAGGAAAAAAGAACUGAGGAAGCACGUGAAACUUACUAAUUCUAUUUGAGGAUUUUAUAAUGGCAUAUUUUUUCAGUAUUAAAGUGAAAAUGUUUUCAAAUCUGGGUCCUUACAUUUUUCCAGCUUCAUAUUUGCAACUGGUAAACUGGAUUUGCGGUGGAAGGGAUUUGGGGGAGGGGGAGGGGAACGCAGAGGGUGGAUUGCUACUUGAGCUGCAUUAAGGCUCUUUCUCUAAUCGCCUUACUUAGCUUUUUACCCUUGUAGCUCCUCUUUUUCCACUCCCCCACCCGGCUCUGACUUUAUCCGCUGUCCUUAAAGUAGGGUCUUCCACCAACACACUCCCCGCUCCCCAACCCCUUCUAAUGCGGCAGUGAAUCCCUUUAUUAAUACUGGAAAUCCCCUGCCGCUGCUUUUGUUGGUGCGGCCCUCACUGCAGAUAUAUUAAGCAUGUUAAGAGAGAUUUGAUUUAAUUGACUCUGCCUAGAUCAGUCUCAUUAAACAGAGUGGAGAUUUCAUUGGUCAGCACUCUUCAAUGAAAGACAACCCUAAUGACUGGUAUUUGAGAUGCUGCUGGCAUUUCCAAUUCAACAUCUGCUGAAAAAUGGUAGAACUAAUUAGUGCCCACCCACCCUCCCCGCCCCAGCAACUGCACAUGGAAAUUUAUUAAAACACCCUUCUUUAUGGAAAUCAAUCAUUAUCCUAAACAAGUAUUUCUCUCCCACCAUCCGGAUUUCUGGUUGGGGCUCAGUCGUUAACAAAAAAAGCAAUGAACUGUUUGAAUUUUAUGAACCAGUGUUAACUCUGACCUGAGUCAUAUUCCUCUGGGGUUUUGAACCAAGACUCUUUGAUUGUAGUUAGGUUGCAAAAAGCAAACAAAAAUGUAAUGGGGUCUAUAUUCUACCACAUACACAUCUUUCAGAAGUAGGUUGAGAAACUAUAGACUACAGACAUACAUAUGUAUGAUGUUAAAACAACUAAUGAAAACCUUAGAAAACUCAGUAGAUUGGCCAUCUAGAACUCGUAUUCUAAAGGGAAGUGAUUCCCAAGAACAGUGAUGUUCUGGAGGAUGUAUUACUUAACACUUUUAAAAUAAAAUCUUUAUUAUAUACCA